AUGAGGAAAAGCAUUAUCGGAUUCGUCAAUAAUCUAGAUUUAUUCCAGGAAUUAUCACUUAUUACAAAAAGUAAUACAAAAAAGUAUUACAAAAGGUUGGCUAUCUAUCUAUCUAUCUAUCUAUCUAUCUAUCUCUCUCUCUCUCGUAGGUUUGACCUCAAUACGCCCAUUUAUGACGCAUCUAUCUCAGUCUUGGCCGCUAUCAUAGACACUAGGCAGACCCCACAGUUCUAUCUAUUUAUUAGUAUCUAUAUGCGCAUUCGUCGGUCACAAUUUCAGCUGGCUAAUGACAUGCCACAAUCGAUGACCAUUUUUAACCCAUUCCUAAAUUCCAUCUAUCCCAACAGCGAAGACCAUUUUCACCCAUUCAUAAAUUCCAUCUACCCCAAAAGCGAUGACCAUUUGCACCCAUUCAUCAAUUCCAUCUACCCCAACAGCGAUGACCAUUUUCACCCAUUCAUAAAUUCGGUCUACCCCAACAGCGAUGACCAUUUUCACCCAUUCAUCAAUUCCGUCUACCCCAACAGCGAUGACCAUUUUCACCCAUUCAUAAAUUCCGUCUGCCCCAACAACGAUGACCAUUUUCACCCAUUCAUAAAUUCCAUCUACCCCAACAGCGAUGACCAUUUUCACCCAUUCAUAAAUUCCAUCUACCCCAACAGCGAUGACCAUUUUCACCCAUUUAUCAAUUCCAUCUACCCCAAAAGCGAAGACCAUUUUCACCCAUUCAUAAAUUCCGUCUGCCCCAACAGCGAAGACUAUAUUCACCCAUUCAUAAAUUCCAUCUGCCCCAACAGCGAUGACAAUUUUCACCCAUUCAUAAAUUCCAUCUACCCCAACAGCGAAGACCAUUUUCGCCCAUUCAUAAAUUCCAUCCACCCCAACAGCGAUGACCAUUUUCGCCCAUUCAUAAAUUCCAUCUGCCCCAACAGCGAUGACCAUUUUCACCCAUUCAUAAAUUCCAUCUACCACAACAGCGAUGACCAUUUUCACCCAUUCAUCAAUUCCAUCUACCCCAACAGCGAUGACCAUUUUCACCCAUUCAUAAAUUCGGUCUACCCCAACAGCGAUGACCAUUUUCACCCAUUCAUCAAUUCCGUCUACCCCAACAGCGAUGACCAUUUUCACCCAUUCAUAAAUUCCGUCUGCCCCAACAGCGAUGACCAUUUUCACUCAUUCAUAAAUUCCAUCUACCCCAACAGCGAUGACCAUUUUCACCCAUUCAUAAAUUCCAUCUACCCCAACAGCGAUGACCAUUUUCACCCAUUCAUCAAUUCCAUCUACCCCAAAAGCGAAGACCAUUUUCACCCUUUCAUAAAUUCCCUCUGCCCCAACAGCGAUGACCAUUUUCACCCAUUCAUCAAUUCCAUCUACCCCAACAGCGAUGACCAUUUUCACCCAUUCAUAAAUUCCAUCUACCCCAAGAGCGAUGACCAUUUUCACCCAUUCAUAAAUUCCAUUUACUCCAACAGCGAAGACCAUUUUCACCCAUUCAUAAAUUACAUCUACCCCAAGAGCGAUGACCAUUUUCGCCAAUCCAUACAUUCCAUCUGCCCCAACAGCGAUGACCAUUUUUCACCCUUUCAUAAAUUCCACCUAUCCCAACAGCGAAGUCUAUAUUCACCCAUACAUAAAUUCCAUCUGCCCCAACAGCGAUGA